UCCUCCAAUCCAUGUGAAUAACGUGUUCUCUUUUUAUGUUAUUUGUUAAGUUAUAUAAAUGUAGGCAUCCACGAUGAAACGAUAGUUUAAUUGCUUUCUCUCUGACAGCGUGUAGACAUGAAGAUUCUAAUCAUCAACAUUUUGCUUUUGGCUGUGGCCGGCAAUGCCUUUGGAGCUGCUGUACAUAAUUGUCAUUUAGAAAAACUGACAGCAUGCGGAGAUCCUUUAGCCGAAUUUCGAAAGGAGAUGGGACAAAGCUUCCCAACAACAGAAGAUCAAGUGAAGAAAUUUUGCGAAGACAUGGAGAAAGCUCAGAAAUGUGCUGAAGAUUACCAGAAUAAAUGCAUGACUCCAAUGCAGCUUGAAACUAUGGGAUUCUUAAUGGAAGGGUCUUUAACCGUGUACAAGGAUUUCUGUCAAGAAGGAUCACAGCUCAGAACUGAAUAUCUGAAACACGCUAAAUGUAUUGAUGAGGCUUCAAAGACCGAAGAAGCAAAGAAUUAUUACUCUUACGUUGAAGCCAGUUUAGAAGAUCUGUCUGACAAACCCCCCGAGAAACGUUUGCCUAUUGCUUGCUGUGGUUAUCAGUGGUUGACGGCUAAGUCUGAUCAGAUGGGUCGUGAAAAGUGCGGACAAGAAGCAGUUGAUGCUUUCCACAAUGUUGUCGAAAUGGCAAUCUCAGCUCUUCCUAAUGUUCUCUGUUCAGGAUUCGAUCCCGAAGGGUCUCAGUGUACCGAAGUUAUGCCCCCACCAGGAUCUAAACCCAAAGGAACCCUGAGAAACUCCCACAUUGCACAAACCUUUUCAUCUCUUUACCUCCAAGACUGAAACAAUUUGUAAAAGAACUAAUUGCAACUAGUUCCAGUGGUUGAAAAUAAAAUUGUUAUUGUUUGAAA